AUGUUACGCAAAUCGGCACCGGCAUCAUCGAUGCAGAAGACGUACGACGAAUGCUAUCUGAUCUGCUCCACGGCCAUCUACUUUGAAGGGCAGAACAAUGAGCCCGAAGCACUCCGGGCGUGGCGGAAUGCGCUGGACCAGAUCUACUACCACAAUGCCUACAAGCUGCCUUCGUCCUACCAGCCGCGCACCGAGACCGAAAAGGCGCUGCAGGACUCACUGCGGUCUAUGGAACUGCAGUGCAAGGAACGAGUCGACCUGCUGGAAGCUCUCAGGAAGAGCAGGAUAGAGGCUGAGGAGGAAGCAAAGAACCCGGGCGGAGAUACGGCCAAAACGAGCAGGGAAUCACUGGCGUCGCUGUUGAAGACCGCUUCAAACACCGAGAGCACACAGUGGCUGGGAGGCAAUACCGUACCGCAGGCGAGCUACGCUGAUAUACCUCGACCGUCUCCGACACCGGAAAGACGGCCAGCACCACCACCGCGACCUUCGUACACCAGGAAAAGCUCAAGGCCCGAAUCACCGCGGACUUACAGUCUGCAGGACACCUCCUCAACAAACCUCGCGCCCCCUACUUCUAACCGGACUCGCUCUAGGACGCCAAGCCCGGAGAAGGAGAAGAAGCAGGGCGGCAUGCUGAAGACAUUGCGGACAAACGGUCCAAAGGACAAGUCGGCUGCUAAAAUACCAACAACGCUUCGCCCGAGACCUCCCCAGGCAGCAUCAAAAGCCGCGGCGCAAGUAUGGUCAGGACCGCAGCGGCCAAGCUUGGGCGGCCAGGAUGCACGAUCGGCCAGCAGCGUCAGUGUGAACACAACCGCAGCCUCCACGUGGGACCCUUAUACUCGAUCGCUAGUAGAUAAACCAGCGACACAGCCUGACAGGCGGACCUCGGAUAAUGUACUACGACCGCCGAGCCCGGCAGAUUACAUGCCACCACAACGACACAGCAGCGAGUUGGAGAGGCUCAGUCAAUCGAGGACUCACCCACCACCAUACCCCGAGUAUCCCGUCUCUGAUCCGUAUGCCAGGCAGGCCUUCUCUCACAGCGAUGACUCUGUGAACACUGCCAAACCUCCACCAACUCCACCUCCUCCGCCACCGCACAGGACCCAACUGCAGCAGCCCUCAUCACCCAAUGAACAAUCUAAACCGCCGCUUCCAAGUAUAUCGCAACUCGGGCCGAGCUCGAUAUCGUACAUGAAGGAAUUUCCGAACCACCCACCCGCGAAGCCAAGGAAGCCAUCUGCCUUCGCCGAAUCACAAGCAGACCGAAGCUCUGAUUCCGACAACCAGCAGAGGACUGCAUCUCCUAAGACCGUGCAAGCAAAGACGGCACCAGCCGUACCACGAAAGGCUGUGGCUGGCAGAGCAGUGGGCGUCGUGAGCGCCAUCAACGAACGACAGAAGCUAGAUAGUGCUCAGUCUCAGCUCAACAACCGCCUCAAAAUCAACAACGAUGCGCCCAGCAGCCCUGAACCUGCUGUGCGAAAGGCGCCAAAACGGAGAACAGAUAAGCGGCCCGUGACGGAGCGAGCAGUGACACCUCCAUCCAGUGAUGAGUCGCCAGAUCGGCUUGGUGAAGGUGCAGCAUCGCAGACCAACGAGCAACAAGAGUGGGAUGACAAGGUUAAGAGGCUCAUGAAGAACCUGCCCAAGGGUGUGGAUGAAGCCGCGGCAAAACAGAUCUUCAACGAAGUUGUCAUCCAAGGAGAUGAAGUCCACUGGGACGAUGUGGCAGGUCUGGACAUUGCGAAGUCGGCACUCAAAGAGACGGUGGUGUACCCCUUCUUGCGACCAGACUUAUUCAUGGGACUGCGUGAACCGGCGCGAGGCAUGCUCCUGUUUGGUCCUCCCGGAACUGGCAAAACCAUGCUUGCAAGAGCUGUGGCUACUGAGAGCAAGAGCGUCUUCUUCGCCAUCUCCGCCUCGAGCCUCACGAGUAAGUUUCUGGGUGAGAGCGAGAAGCUCGUCCGAGCACUCUUCGCCAUCGCGAAAGCAUUGGCGCCCAGUAUCAUCUUCGUCGACGAAAUCGACUCACUGCUUGGCUCGCGUGGCGGAACGUCCGAGCAUGAGGCCACUCGCCGCAUCAAGACGGAGUUUCUGAUCCAGUGGUCCGAUUUGCAGAAGGCUGCCGCUGGCCGCGAAGCCAAGAAUGGCGAAGGUGACGCCACCCGGGUGCUGGUACUCGCAGCGACCAACCUGCCGUGGGCGAUCGAUGAAGCCGCUCGCCGUCGCUUUGUGCGAAGACAGUACAUCCCAUUGCCGGAAGCGUGGGUGCGGGAGCAACAGCUGAGGACCUUAUUGGCGGCCCAGAAGCACAGCUUGAAUGACAAAGACCUUCAGUGUCUCGUUCAACUGACAGACAAUUACUCUGGCUCUGAUAUCACUGCUCUAGCGAAAGAUGCAGCGAUGGGGCCUUUGCGCAGUUUGGGUGAAAAGCUCUUGCACAUGAAACCAGAGGAUAUCAGGGGUAUUAAGAUGAGCGACUUUGAAGCAAGUCUGGUGAACAUCAGACCCAGUGUGAGUGGCAAGGGCCUCAAGGAGUUCGAGGAUUGGGCGAGGGAAUUUGGAGAGCGAGGAGGGUAG